AUGGCAAGUUCUUCACAAGGACUGCCAGGUUCUUCACAAGGAGUACCAAGUUCUUCGCAAGGAGUGUCAGGUUCUUCACAAGGAGUACCAUGGCCAGCUUCUUCAGAAGAAGAAAUGCUAGUCAAGUUAGGUGAAAUUUGCAAAUAUCUAUCACUAUCACAACAAAUUAAGGAAGAAGAUUUGCAACGAGUGAAAUCAGACUUCUUGGAGCUGCAGAACAAAAAUACUGUCUGGAUGGACGCAUUUGAGGCAGAGACACUAUCGCAAAAAGCAUGUAUUCGCCGUCAACAGGAGAUCGUCAAGGAGCUACUAUUGCACGAAAUGACGAGUCAUGGCCAAAUGGCAACCGAUCCUUAUUGCCAAAGUUUGGCGCUCGAUCUUGCUGCAGGGAAUGGCGAUUUGGAGAUGGUUAAGAAUCUCUGCAAACCCAAUUCCUACACGCUUGCUCAAAAUAAUUCAGAUCACUUUGGGCUAGCUACACCGGUUGUGCGGGCAUCUAAUGCAGGCCAUGGAAAGGUCACUGACUACCUUUAUAAAAACAACCGGGGAAUACUUCUUCAUAUUUUUAAGGAAAACGAAGGGACUGAAGAGUAUUGGGCUACAUGUCUCCUUCUCGAUGCCAUAUUUUAUGGAUUUCUCGACAUUGCGCUGGACAUCAUCGACUGCGUCCCACUCCCAUCUCUGGCUUCACUUAGGUUCAUAGCUUUGAAACCUGACCUGUUUCGUAGCCACUGUCAUCUUGGAUUUUGGCGACACCUCAUCUACACUUGUAUGUACAUAUCGGAGGCUUCGAAACCAAGCAGAAGCCAACGUCUAUUUUGGAUAAUACUACAGUGUCUUCCCAAAUGGUUUGGAAUCAAGCAAACACGUGAGCUAAAAGAUAGACAUUCGAAAGCUGAUAACUUGCUACAGAAAAUGUGCAAAGCAACAGGAAAAAUGGUCAAGGACGAGAGUUGGAAAGAGACGGUCUAUGAAGCAUUAUUUGAAGCGGUGGAGAAUGGGAACAAGGAAUUUUUCAUUGGGAUAAUCAAGUAUAACCCUCGACUUCUUUGGAUCACGAACGCUGCCUCUGGCCGAAACCUCUUUCAGCUGGCCGUUGAAUUCAAGAAAGAGAAGAUCUUUAACCUCAUACAUGGUUUAGAUGGUAAAAAGGUCACGCUGCUUAGAUCUUACGACAAAGAAAACAACAACAUUCUCCAUAUCGCUGCUCAUCUCUCUUCUCCCGAUCAACUUUCUAAGAUUUCUGGAGCUGCUCUCAAGAUGCAAAGAGAGACUCAGUGGUUUGAGGAAGUUAAGAGCUUGGUGUCAGAACGUGAAGUAGUGCAAAAAAACAAGGACAAAAAAACCCCGCGACAAAUAUUUGAAGAUUCUCACGAACCUCUACGAAAGGAAGGAGAAGAAUGGAUGAAAUACACUGCCACUGCUUGUAGCGUCGUGGCAGCUCUCAUUGCAACUGUCACUUUUCAAGCCGUAUUCACUGUUCCUGGAGGUACUGAUGAAACAUCGGGUUCACCUCUUCUUCUUACUGACUUGCAUUUCACGGCGUUCAUCAUCGCAGACACUCUCGCCUUCUUCGCCUCCUGCAUCUCUGUGCUCAUAUUCCUCAGCAUUCUGACCUCAAGAUACUCUUUUGAUGACUUCAUUGUAUCACUUCCUAGAAAGAUGAUACUGGGUCUAUCCAUUCUAUUCAUUUCCAUCGCCUCAAUGCUUGUUGCAUUUAUCACCGCGCUUUCUGCGUCGAUGCGUAAAAGGCCAUUGCUUGUAGUCCCAAUGAAGCCACUCGCAAGCGUCCCUGCCUUUCUCUUCUUGAUGCUGCAAUUACCUCUUCUCAAAGAGAUGAUUUGUUCCACCUAUCGUAAACGACUCUUCAAACGCGAUACAAAACCUUGGCUAGAUAUUACACAAGAAUCUGGCCCAAAUCAGCAAGUAGUGGUCGCCUAG